AUGCAGUUCAAGGCGAUCGUCCUGCUGUUGAGCGCCUCGGCCUCGCUCGCUGCGGCCCAGAGCAGCGUCGAUCCCGCCGUGCCCUCUGUCGCGCCUGAGGUGCCCCCUGGUGAGGGAGUUGGGGAGCUGCCCGUCCUGGCGCCCGAGCCGGCCGUGCCUGUCGAGGGGGGAAACGACGACGAGGGUGUGCCCGCGCCCGGGGUCCCGGUUGAGCAGCCGGUGGCUGACCUCCCUGAUGCCGACCAGGACGGGAUUCCUGACGGCGCCGAGACCGGUGGACAGGGCGCCGAGUUGCGGCCCCUGCCUGGCUUGCAGGAGACCGUUGGUGAGCUGAGACCGCUGCCCGGCACCGGUGGCGAGCAGAUCGAGGAGGUUCAGCCGCCGGAAGGUGCUGAGCCGGUUCAGUCUGCUCUGCCUGUUUCGUCUGCUCUGCCCGUUGCAUCUUCUGCGCCAGCCGAGUCCCCUCUGCCGGCCGCGUCUCCGGCCCCCAUCCCAUCUGAGGCGUCAUCCGCCCUUCCGCUCGAGUCUCCCGCCCCGGUUGAGGGAGUCAACCCCCUGCGGCCUAUUGCGCCGGCCGACCCUCUCCAGUCUUCCGAGUCGGCAUCUAGCAUUUUGGAAGGGGCCAUUCCCACCCUCGCGCCCCUGCUGCCGAGCAGCGCCGCGCUGUCGGUUGAUCCCGCCUCGUCGAUCUCGUCUGUCAGCGAGUCGGCCGUUCCCAGCCUGCCCCUCGACAUUACCGACCCUCCAGCGCCAUCGGCGGCGUCCAGCGAGCUUGUUGUUCCGAGUGCCUCUUCCGACCUGCUCGAGCCCUCGGUGCCGGUAUCUCUCGUCGAAUCCGCCAUUCCGUCCCCGCCUCUGGCGGCACCCCUCGUGCCAUCCGCGCCCGCCGCUCCUCUGGUACCCGUCGCACCCGUCGAGAGCCUGCCCGUGAUCCCCACAAACGCCACUCUCUCCCAGGUUCCCGUGCAAACGCCAGAGCCCAUCCCAGCUCUGCCCGCCGGCGACGCCCUCCCGAGCGCCGCUCCCUCCGCCGUCAUCGGCAACGGCACCGCCCCCGUCGCGCCCCCCGCUGCUCCCGUUCCCGGUGACGCGGAGGAGGUCCAGGGUCCGUCUGGCGGCGAGACCGGACUCGAACCCCUGCCCGGCACGGACGACUCUGGCAGCGGUGAGCUCCAGGACCGGCCUGCGGGUGACGAGGGGGCCGCCGACGAGGAGCAGGACGGUGGCGAGGGCGAUGAGGAAGGAGACGAGGAGGAUUCUGGUUCCGAUUCAGAUGAGGAGUCAGACUCGGACUCGGACUCGGACUCUGAUGAGGAUUCUUCCUCUGAUGAGGAGGAAUCUGGCGACGACGAGGAAUCUGGUGACGACGAGGAAUCUGGCGAUGAAGAAGAAGAAUCUGGUGAUGGCGAAGACGAAGAGGAAGAAGAAGGAGAAGAAGAGGGGGCCUCAGACGACGGAGGAGACAAUGCAGACGAAGGAGAUGACCAGGGGGAGUCGGGCAACGGCGCCGGUAGCGGUGUCGGCUCUGGCGCCCAAAGCUCUGCGCUCCUCGCGCCAACCGGCCUCGCUCCGAACCGAACGGCCACUCUUCCCGGUACGCUUCUGGUGGCGACGUCGUCUUUCGGCGCGGACCGCACGAUGCAGACGUCGCUACGCCUCGCGACCGGCGUGUCGGCCGAGGUGACGGCACCGUCGAACGGUGGGCUGGAGGCCGUGACGACGGGGGCGAGCGGCGGAACGCUCAAUGCCGAGGAUGAUCAGGGAGCUGGCGUGCGGGUCGGCGUAACGGGCUUCGCUGGCAUGGUUGUCAUGGCGGCCGUUGUCUUUGUUCUUUAG